CAGCAGCGCGGGCCCGCGGCGGCGGCGGCACCGGGGCUGCAAGAUGCCGCGCUCGUUCCUGGUGAAGAAGCACUUCUCGGCCAGCAAGAAGCCCAACUACAGCGAGCUGGAGAGCCAGGCCGUGCUGGCCGCCCCGCUGCUGUACGAGACGUGCCCGCUGCCCGUCAUCCCCCCGCCCGAGGUGCUCGGCCCCGGAGCCUACUACCCUCCGCUGGUGUGGGACGCGGGGCUGCUGUCCAGCCUGUUCCCGGGCGGCCCGGGCAGCGAGGCCGCGGGCGGCGCGGCCCCCGCCCUGGACCUGACGGCGCUCUCCAGCGAGGAGGAUGAAGGCAAGAGCUCGGGGCCCCCCAGCCCGGCCUCGGCCCCCGCCGCCGCCGAGCGCUUCCGCUGCGCCCAGUGCGCCAAGGCGUACUCCACCUUCGCCGGGCUCUCCAAGCACAAGCAAUUGCACUGCGACGCCCAGGCCAGGAAAUCCUUCAGCUGCAAGUACUGUGAGAAGGAGUACGUGAGCCUGGGGGCUCUCAAGAUGCACAUCCGGAGCCACACGCUGCCCUGCGUCUGCAAGAUGUGCGGGAAGGCCUUCUCCCGGCCCUGGCUGCUGCAGGGCCACAUCCGCACGCACACUGGUGAAAAGCCCUUUUCCUGUACACACUGCAACCGGGCCUUUGCUGACCGCUCUAAUCUCCGCGCCCACCUGCAGACCCAUUCAGAUGUAAAGAAGUACCAGUGCAAAACCUGCUCCCGGACUUUCUCCCGCAUGUCGCUGCUCCACAAGCACGAGGAGACGGGCUGCUCCGGCUCUCGCUGAGGACUCGGCUCCCCAGGCCUCUCUGCUCACAAACACCCAUUUUACACCUAGUUUCUGUAGGAGACAGUUUCCUCCACGGCCGCUGCAGCGUGCGCCGGGCUGGACGCUGCUCCUGUGGCCCUUGGGACCCUCACACUCCUCACUCGGUGCCUGCAUGCAAUGCGAGGAUCACGAAGGAUGCUGGGCUGGAAGGGACCCGUCAGGAUCAUCGAGUCUAAUUCCUGGCCCUGUGCAGACAUCCCGCGAACCCCACGGUGUGCCUGAGCGUGUUCCAAACGCUCCCCGAGCUCGGGCUUGGUGCUGUGACCACUUCUGCCAUCCUGGUGCCUGGGGGUGCCGGCCUGCGCUCCAGCCCGGUGGGUGAGCCUCGGGGGUCACGGUCCCCUCCCCAGAGGGUGAGCCUCGGGGGUCAGGGUCCCCUCGGCAGGUGCCCCCCUGGCCGGAGGCACUCGGCACCUUGCAGGGCUGGACCUGCGCCCUCACCCGCACCGCUAUUGAACACUGCGACCAUGUAGCCUGGGGGGUUGGGGGUUGGAUUUUUUUGGUUGCUUUUUUUUUUUUUUAACACCAUAACCACUUGGUAACUUUUAAGAACCAGUAUUUUUUUUAAUGAAGGACAAGACACUCCCCCCCCCGUGCCCCGAGUGUAUAUAACCCGCCUGUAGAAGGUGUAACUAUGCAAUAAUACAGUAUCCCAGUAGUUGUGAAGCAGCUGCUUCUCCCCAGCACAAUGACAAUUUGCAAUGCCUGCGAGAUUAACAGUGUCCAUGAAAGGCAGGGGUAGCCAUUUCAAACCCCGGCCCUGUUUACAGAGCAGCUAUGCACUCAAGCACCUGUUAAUAUGACUCUUAACAACUGCUUUUCAAGAGAACUGUGACUAAUAGCAGGCACUUGUCAGCUGAUACAAUGGUGGCCUGUCCCAAGGCCGUCCAUCGACAGGUGUGUGCCAAAAGCCCUAUUUAUGGCUAUUGACAGGUGCCUCCUGAAUGCAUCUUUCUUUGGACAUUGUUUUCAUGGAAUCAUUACAAAGAGGAUGUUUACAUUUCAAAGGUACACUGGUAUUUAUAUUUUUGUGCCACGAUUUUGUACUGAUGAAACUUUUUAUAUAAUGAUAUACAAUUUAUUGAUAUUCAAUAAAACCGUUAAUUUAUAA